AGGUGUUUGUAAAUAUUUACCGCCAGGCGAUAUAUUAAGACAGGUUUCUGGAAUUGUGAAUGUUAGUUGCUGGAUAGUGUUCGUUCAGAAAAUGCUGACGACCGGCUGUCUUAUAGUUCUUUUGACUGUUGGCUCUUAUGCCAUCCUCCCCUUACCACAUUACAUUAAGGCGUGUGUUACCACAGAUGCCACAUUUGUCGAAUGUGCAUUACAACAUGGAAACGAGGCAAUUCCGUACAUAGUCAAAGGCGACAGGAGUUAUAAAAUAAUGAAAAUGGACCCUAUGAAUAUUGCAGAAAUACAAGUGAGGAACGGGCCGAGGCAGGCUGGCCUCUUCCUAACCAUGAGAGAUCUUGAGCUCCACGGCCUUAAGAACGCGGUUCUUCUUAAAUCAGAUUUCAAUUUCGACAAGAGACACUUCAGCCACAAUUUCCAAGUGCCUUUGGUCAGGUUAACGGGGAAGUACAGCGUAUCGGGAAAGGUGCUGUUGCUGCCAAUAUUUGGCAACGGAGACAUGAACGUUACUAUGGUGAACAACACAUUAUCAUACUCGUAUGACUGGGACCUAAAACAGAUGGGAGAUUAUAGACAUAUGAUCUUGAAGAAUUCCAAAGCUGAGAUAAAGCCCUCCAGAGCCUUCAUCCACUUGUCGAACCUCUUCGACGGAGACAAAUUGCUGGGGAACCAAAUCAACGGAUUUCUCACCGAGAACUGGCAGGAACUGUUUAGGGACAUUGGCCCAACAGUAGCGGGAGCCAUCUCUGAGGCCGUCACUUCUGUUGUGAAUGGAAUUUCGAAAGAAGUGCCGUAUGAUGACAUAUUUCCUGCCAGUCUACCCUGAAGAUCAAAUGGCGCAGAGCACUGACAUAACAUUCACGUGUGUGUGUGUUUGUUUCUUUGUCUGCGUGUCUGUCUGUGAAAUUUGUAUCUUAUAUGCGUCAUGUUUGUGUUUGAUUAAAUAUAUUUAUUUUGUACAGUCUAUACACAAACGUUUGAAGU